UCUUUUUUUUUUUUUUUUUUUUUUUUUUUUUGUUAUAUAAAUAUACCCCCUUUACACACACCCCACACACCCCACACACCCCACACAACACACCCCACACAUACGCAACUAACAAACUAAAAAAAAAGAAAAAGAAAAAUGGAGAAACAAUCCAGUAGCAGUAGUAUUGACGCCUUUCAACAAAAAAAGAAUAACCGCUUGUCUUCAUAUGUACCUGUUCAUCGUCGUAAUGAAGAAGAAGAUGUAAAACGCAACAAGUAUCGUUCGAGCGACAUUAUUCAAGUGGAACCAAGUACUUCCAGUAAACGCUCUUCUCUUAUGGGUCGUCGUCCUCCCUCUGUGAACAAUCGUUACAGUCGUAAUAGCUUUAUGGGCGAUGACGACAUGGAGUACUAUGACAAUGACAAUACUGAAUGUCCUCAAGAGGACUGGGAAAAUAUUCUUAAACAAUACGAUCGUUACAGUAUGAAUGAUGAAGACAAACGAAAGAGUAAGCGGGCCAGUCGUAUUAUGGACUCCUACCAGGACUUGGCAGUCGAGGUGCCAGUAGUAGAUGAGCCAACCGUCGUUCUGGACUGUUAUGAUUUUCCUCCCGCCUUUAAAACUCAUCAUUUACAUGAUAUCUUUCGAUCCUAUGAAGGUGUACGUGGUGGUUAUAAAAUCAAAUGGUUGAGUGAUACACGCGCCCUCAUCAUCUUUGACCACCCUUCCACUGCUAAGAAGGCUUACAUUGACAAUGUUACGCACGCACUUGCCAAGAUUCGGCCUUACGAGGGCCCGACAGAUUUCUUAAAGG